GGCCGUUGCCGCAGAGUUGCUGGGAGGUGACGAGAGGUGGAGUCGCUGGGGCUAAGAUCAUGCCUCACAGCGAAAGGUUUUCUGGGCAGCAGAGGCCGCUAGGCUUGGGAUGAAAGAAGCAGGGCAGAUGCAAAAUCUGGAGAGCGCGGGGGCCGGGCGGUCAGUGAGCACCCAGACUGGCAGCAUGACCGGUCAAAUACCAAGGCUUUCUAAAGUCAACCUUUUCACUCUGCUCAGUCUCUGGAUGGAGCUCUUUCCAGCAGAAGCCCAAAGACAAAAAUCUCAGGAAAAGGAAGAGGGAAAGCAUGGACCCCUAGGAGAUAAUGAAGAGGUGGCCAGAGUAUCUACUGAUAAAAAACUGGUGAAGAGAACUGGUCUUGUGGUGGUGAAAAACACGAAAAUUGUUGGUCUGCACUGCUCUAGUGAAGAUUUACAUGCUGGGAAAAUUGCUCUUGUAAAACAUGGGUCAAGACUGAAAAACUGUGAUCUUUAUUUUUCCAGAAAACCAUGUUCUGCUUGUUUGAAAAUGAUUGUAAAUGCUGGAGUUAACCGAAUUUCAUACUGGCCUGCUGAUCCAGAAAUAAGUUUGCUUACUGAGGCUUCUAGUUCUGAAGAUGCAAAGUUAGAUGCCAAAGCAGUGGAAAGAUUGAAGUCAAACAGUCGGGCCCAUGUGUGUGUCUUACUUCAGCCUUUGGUGUGUUAUAUGGUGCAGUUUGUAGAGGAGACCUCUUACAAAUGUGACUUUAUUCAGAAAAUUACAAAAACAUUGCCGGAUGCUAACGGUGACUUUUAUUCUGAAUGUAAACAAGAAAGAAUAAAAGAAUAUGAAAUGCUAUUUUUGGUUUCGAAUGAAGAAAUGCAUAAGCAAAUACUGAUGACUAUCGGUUUGGAGAACCUGUGUGAGAAUCCCUACUUCAGCAAUCUAAGGCAGAACAUGAAAGACCUGAUUCUACUUCUGGCCACAGUGUCUUCCAGCGUGCCCAACUGUAAACGCUACGGAUUUUAUUGUGGCGGUGCCGAACAGACUAAUGACAUUCACAAUCAAAGUUUGCCACAAGAAAUUGCAAGGCACUGCAUGGUUCAGGCCAGGUUAUUGGCGUAUCGAACUGAGGAUCAUAAAACAGGAGUUGGAGCAGUCAUUUGGGCAGAAGGCAAAUCUCGAACUUGUGAUGGAACAGGCGCGAUGUACUUCGUAGGAUGCGGUUAUAAUGCUUUUCCUGUUGGAUCUGAGUAUGCUGACUUCCCACACAUGGAUGACAAACAGAAAGACAGAGAAAUAAGGAAAUUCAGAUACAUUGUACAUGCAGAACAGAAUGCCUUGACAUUUAGGUGUCAAGAAAUAAAACCAGAAGAAAGAAGUAUGAUUUUUGUGACAAAGUGCCCGUGUGACGAGUGUGUACCUUUAAUUAAAGGUGCAGGCAUAAAACAAAUCUAUGCAGGGGAUGUGGACGUUGGAAAAAAGAAGGCAGACAUCUCUUACAUGAGGUUUGGGGAACUUGAGGGUGUUAGCAAAUUUACAUGGCAGCUGAAUCCAUCAGGAACUUGUGUUCUUGAACAAAAUGAGCCUGAAAGCAGAGAGAGGAAGUUUUCCUGACGUUGAGCUCUUCUUGGACGCUUAGACGGUGUGUUGAGACCUGAGGCCCCGGAUGAAGAGCAGCACCAGAACAAGAAGCUGCGUCUCGGAAAACACUGAGAAGUCCCGUCUACACCGGAGUGAAGGCCUCGAGACUUUUUGUUGUACUUUUUAAAUUCAGCCUGGUUAACUCAGAAAAUAAGGAUGGAUUUUGUGAAGAAUUGAAAAAUUUUUUAAGGAUGCUAAUUUAUUACUAGCAUAUGAGUGAUGUUAAUAAGAAUAUUUUUAUUUUAGAUUUAUUUUUGUGUUUUCCAGAUGAUAGUGCUAUGUUCUUUUAUUACACUAAAUGGGGUUGCAAUAGUGUAAUGAGACCAGUUUAGUUGCCCAUGGGAACUGAUUUCUCCUUGUCUUAGCCUUAUAUUAGCCAGUGUGAAAGAGACUGGGUCACUGGAAGUCACAUCUCAGCAGCGAAUUGCACGCUUUUUAAGUAGUGAUUCCUUUGGGUUAUGAAGGUGAUAAUUCUGCUCCAGGGAAAUAAGUGAUGACUUCGCCUUCUUAAGUCAGUGUGUGGCUCAUCGAAAGUACACAUUUAUACCCAAAGCUUUUAAUAAUCAAAAUUUACUUCAUUAGAAUUGAAUCCUAAAAAUGAAGUUGGUGGCCCUGGUCUCCAUUAUAAAAGUAUAUUCCUAACAAAGUUAUUAAUUUUUCUUAAAUCUUUCAAUAUGUAGAAAUCACAAUGAUUUUGGACUCGGAUGUUAUAUUACUGAUUUGGGGUAGUAAUAGGAAGAGAAUAUUAUUCUGAGACAAUAUUACUAUUUGAUAUCACCGACCCUUGAAAUCACUAACAAUGAUUCUCAAAUUUGGGUAUGAUGUUAACAGAGAAGACAUACUUUAAUCUGGAACAUUGAAACUACCUUUUGAAUUCCAUUCGUAAAUGCUGCCCGUUUUUCCCUCCAUAUAAUUAACACAGAGUGUCUCAUGGCUUUGAAUGGAAGGCCUUUUAAAAAGUUUGCAAACCUUAAGAAUACUAAAAAUCUUGAAAGUAAA